AUGGCCAGCCGCGACGAGUGGAUGCGAUUGAGCGCUAUGAGAGACGAGAUUGUCCGCAGCAAUAUAUUCGUCAAGCUCGAAGAUGGCGACGGAUGGAAGUCAAACCCUGAAAUCCCCACGGCCAAGGAGAUCCUCCUUCUCCAGAAAGAAGCCGAAGGUCUUCCUGACAACCAUGUAAACAAGCCCUGGAAGUCGAAGGAGGACUAUUUGAAGGCUCAGUACGAGAUCCUUCGUCGCGAGGGCACUGAAGGCUUGCGAUUUGCAGUCAACAAUUACAUCUGGAACAAUAACAACGGACUGCGCCAGGAUGACGAUGACCACAAGUUCGUCUAUAAUCAGGUCCGCAUCAAGUCGUACGUCAUGACAACAUUGGGGCCUCUUGCUCGCGUUGAGUUCAUGUCACAGCGAGCCAUCAAAUGGCUCAAGUCCGGCCGCCUGAAGCCUGGCAGUCUCCUUGCCAUCACGACCAAGGCCGACAAGUUCAAAACCAUUUGCAAGGUUGCUGUGGUAGCCCAAAGGCCGUACUUGCUUGGCCUUGAUCAAACCCCUCCACUCGUCGACAUCAUGUGGGGCAACCCAGAAGAAGACGCUGUCUUCGACUGUGAUCUCGAGCUUGUUAUGAUUGAGGCCCGGCACGGCUACUUCGAAUCCUCGCGUCAUUCUUUGGUCGGACUACAACUGGCUGCGCAGGCAGAUACCCCUAUCGACAAGUACAUCACCGGCAAUCACCAGAAAAAUGAGACACCAUGCUUCAUAUCCCAACAUCCAGUUAUGGACUUCUCUUCUGUUUUGCGCCAACCGCUUGCAGACCCCAACAGGCUCAAGUCCCUGCGCGAGUUCAACGUACUCUCUGGAUCUCUCCCAGUCCCAGAUGAUGCGGAGGACAUCAGCAUUCUCGACGCCUCGCAGUUAUCCGCCCUCCAUCAAAUGGUCUCCCAGGAGCUGGCCAUCAUCCAAGGCCCUCCAGGAACUGGAAAGACUUUCACCUCGGUGGAGGCAAUCAAAGUCAUGCUUGCGAGUCGUCGGAAGCGUCCAGGGUCCAACCCACCGCUCAUUGUUGCUGCGCAGACGAAUCAUGCCUUAGAUCAGCUACUUGGCCAUUGUCUUGACGCGAACGCAAAGAUUUUGCGUCUUGGAUCGAGAAGUGACAGAGAGGACAUGAGGCCUUACAGCUUGUAUGAGGUCCGCCGCAAAUGCUCUCGUGGUGGGGGUGGUAAGCGGUUCAGAGAACUCGAGGGUAACCGCCAUACCAACAUCGACGGAGUAGAGGCGCUGGUUAACAGUGUUUUUGGGGACAGUCUCAUCGAUCCACGCGAGCUUCAUACACAUGGCAUCAUCACCGAAGAACAGCUGGAGUCACUGUAUGAUGAAGAACUGGAGACAUGCCCGGAGCUGGAGAAGCUUGGUCCUUUCUCCUUAUGGCUGGGAGACUCCCGAAUCCCGGCCCGGAUUAUUCGUGACAGGCAGCCUCUGGUAUCAGAAAUUCUGGAAGCUGACGAAGAUUUCGACUACGAGCGUGACGUGGAGAACAUCGCGUACGAUGAGGAAGAUGCAGACAGGAUCAACGGCAGGGAAAUCAAGCUGAUGCAUGUAUGGACCGGAAAGGAGCCCGGGCACUUCAAAACCUGGAAUCAUCGUGCACAACGCUUGCUCAGAGAGAAUCGCAACCUCUUUGACAUACCCGAAGAGUGGAGGGGCGCAGUUUACCAACACCUUCAGUCUAAAUUGGUACAAGCGACAACCCCGACACUGGCUCAGCUACUGGCCAAAUACGUCGAUAUAUGCAAGCAGCGCAGAGCACUCAGAGCUCGGCAAGAUAUCGACAUGGUCUUCCAACAAGAUAUUGCGGUCAUCGGCUGCACAACAACCGGCCUCACCAAGUAUCGCGCGUUCCUGGCCGGGUGUCAGCCCCUUACCCUACUCAUCGAAGAAGCUGCCGAAACGAGGGAAGGCAAUAUCACCUCGGCUCUAUAUCCUUCCCUUCAACAACUAAUUCUGGUUGGUGACCACCAACAGAUGUCGCCUCGAUGCGAUAUUCGAUGGCUCGGCCAACACCCUUACAACUUGAACGUCUCGCUGUUUGAAAGACUCAUCAACCUUAGCAUGAAUCAUAUCAUGCUCAAUAAACAGCGCCGUAUGAGGCCAGAGCUGAGGCGCAUAGUUUCUCCAUUCUACGACAAUCUACAGGACCACUACAGCGUUCUGUCACCACAAGCACGUCCCGAUGUCCCCGGGAUGGGUGGGCGUAAUUGCUGGUUCUUUGAUCACCAAUGGCUUGAGGACACGAACUCUGACAACAGCAAGCUCAACGACCAAGAGGCUGAAAUGAUCACCCUAUUCUUUGUAUAUCUUGUCGCCAAUGGUGUGUCUAGUGACAAGAUAACCAUCUUGACAUACUAUAGGGGCCAGAGAAGUCUGAUCCUUAGGAAGCUGAAGGGGCAUCCAUCGCUUACUGGUUGUUACUUCAACGUCUUUACGGUGGACUCGUACCAAGGUGAAGAGAAUGAUAUUAUUCUCUUGUCCUUGGUUCGUAGUCCUCAUCCAGCCUAUGGCUGCAACAUUGGCUUUCUUGACAACCCACACCGAGCUGUGGUUGCCAUCAGUCGUGCUCGGCAAGGGUUCUAUAUGUUUGGCAACGUCACCAACUUGGUCGAGGCCAAGAUCGAAUCAACUCUCUUAUGGCUUACUAUUUUCAAGAGAUUUGAGGAUCAGGGCAUGGUCCACCGAGAGCUUGGACUUCCUUUGGUAUGCCAGAAUCAUGGGAACGAGGUCUGGAUCAAGGACCUUGAUGAUUGGGCCGACAACGCUGGUGGCUGUCACGAAAGGCAGGCAAAGGCGUUGGCCAAGCAAGCGCAGAGACAAGGAACAGGAUCACCAAAAGCGAAGACCAUUGAAGAUCUUUUGCUCCAACAUGGUGCUCAAGACUUUGGACAUGAGGAGCCGGUCAAACGCAAAACCCCUACGUUAACAGGGAGUCCUCAUGGGCGUUACAGCCAUCUUGGGGAAAUGCCAUUGCGUCCUCUGAUCGGUAAUUGGGAGAAUGCCGAAGCCGUAAUCCAGCAGCAAGACAGGCAGCUUGACGAGGAGCUGGCGAAGCGGAACGGGGAGUGGCUCAGCCAGAAUCAUUACAUGCAAGACCGAUGGAUGCCAACGGGCGUCGAUGCCUCGGGCACCCGUAUCCGAACCGGUCCAACUAUCACGCGUCCAACUAUCACUCAAUCCCUCCAGUUUUCAAACGAGUUGCCGGUCACGACCUCCACAAGCGCUCUGACGGCUAGUUCCGAGAUUACUUUGCGUGCUGGCUCUGGUGUCGGUCCAAUCUUUGCGCCCGCAUCGAACCAGUUCCCGAAGAUCGCCGCUGUCGCUCAGCCCGAACCUUUGAUUCAAUUUGAAGAAUACGACUCUUCUGCUCCUGCGUCCGGCAUUGAGAAUGAGGCAACAAAAGAGUUGGAGGUCGUUGAAGAAGAGGACCUAAUUGAUUUGGCUUAA